CUUCGCCACCGGGCGGCGGAAUUACAAAGGAGGCCGUCUGCCUCCUUUGUCCUGGACUUGGGAGUUGAGCGCCUUCGUCGACAUUGGCUUUCCUCCCCCAGCUCCAGCCUCUCUCAUCUUGGGAAUCUGCGUCAGAAGUCACUCGCAGUCCCGUCAGCCCAGUAAAGCAGACUACCAGCAAUUUUGAGAGCUUGCAAAAACAGUUCACAAGGAAAAUGAAGCUCCCUGUUUUCAUAGCAGAUGCAUUCACAGCAAGCUCAUUUCGUGGGAAUCCUGCUGCUGUUUGCCUCCUUGAAAACAAACUGGAUGAAGACAUGCAUCAAAAAAUUGCCAAGGAAAUGAACCUCUCUGAAACUGCUUUUAUCCGAAAACUGCACCCAUCAGACAACUUUGCACAAAGUUCCUGCUUCGGACUAAGGUGGUUUACACCUGCAAGUGAGGUCCCGCUCUGUGGCCAUGCCACCUUGGCUUCUGCAGCUGUGCUGUUUCACAAAAUAAAAAACAUGAAUAGCACUCUAACUUUUGUUACUCUGAGUGGGGAACUAAAGGCCAGAAGAGCAGAGGAUGGUAUCGUCCUCGACUUGCCUCUUUAUCCAGCUUACCCCCAGGACUUCCAUGAAGUAGAGGACUUGAUAAAGACUGCCAUAGGUGACACGCAGGUCCAGGACAUCUGCUAUUCUCCAGAUACGCGAAAACUUCUCGUCCGGCUCAGUGAUUCUUAUGACAGGUCAUUUCUGGAGAACCUGCAAGUGAACACGGAGAAGCUGCUGCAAGUUGAAAACACAGGGAAGGUGAAAGGGCUCAUUCUCACCCUUAAGGGAGAGCCUGGUGGGCAGACCCAAGCAUUCGACUUUUACUCCAGAUAUUUUGCACCAUGGGUUGGUGUGGCUGAAGACCCUGUGACAGGGUCUGCACACACUGUUCUCAGCAGCUACUGGUCCCAGCAGCUGGGGAAGAAAGAAAUGCAUGGUUUCUUUAGCCUUUCAGUGUUCCGGCCGAGGAGGAGAACUGGAGAUUUCGCUACGUCCCAACGGACGCGUUGACAUCAGGGGAAGAGCAGUUGUUGUGCUAGAGGGCACGCUGACAGCCUAGCGGUGGCCACGCCAUGACACCGCUCGCUCUAACGACAAAGCACUUCUGCGUACAAAGAAACGUAAGGGGCUGCCUUUAGUAGGCUUGCAUAAGAGUCCA